AUGAAAUUAAAAAUUUUCUAUUUUACUAUAUAGACGUAUAAUAUUAAAUUCAUUUUUAAUAAUAACCAUUGUAUGCAUGAAGGUUCAAAAAACCAUGAAGCUAUUGCUUCUAAAAGACCCCCCCUAAAAGCAUUUUUAACAUUAACAGAUAAAGCUGCAUUUAGAAUAAAAGAGCUUAUGGAUUAAAAAACAAAUGAAGAAUUAAAUGCACUUAAAAUAGGAAUUAAAAAAAGAGGAUGUAGUGGCUUAAGCUAUACAAUAAAUUAUUGUUAAAGAAAGAAAGAAAAUAAAUUUGAUGAAAUAGUUGAAGAUAAAGGUGUUACUAUUAUUAUUGAUAAUAAAGCUUUAAUAGCUUUAGUUGGAACUGUAAUGGAUUGGGUAGAAGAUGAUUUGAAAGCGGAAUUUGUUUUUAAUAAUCCUAACUAAAAAGGAUCAUGUGGAUGUGGAGAAAGCUUUUAUCUUUGA